UGUUGAAGGGAAAGGAGCCCAACUAGCAGGCUCACUGGAAAGAGAUAGGAAAGCAAGGCCGGCCUUGAUGACGACAAACCAGGACAACGAAUGGAAAAGAAACAGGCCGAGACCUGGCCGUGGUGGUGGAAUUACAAAUAGGACGAGAAAGGGAAAAAGAGAGGGAAGAACGAAGACAGAGAAUCAGAUGAGAUGACAAGACGAUGUCAGGUUGUGCCAGGCCGUCAAAGACUCUCCCACUUCGUAGGUGGAUAUGCCACAUACGCACACGCACACGCACACGCAUACAUCUGCGGGAACUACCGAGGGUGAGCCCGGUUUCUCGAUCUCGAGCCAGGGGAAUAUCGGGAGCCGGGGCUUUGCCAGACCAGCAUCUGCGGCGGAUGGGAUUGGUUUCGAGAUACCUACCCCAUUCCAUUAUUGAGCCCAAUAUCAAGGGGCUCGCUCGUCUGGAACUACCCUCGCUAGUCAGGUUACACGCACUGACCUUGUUGUGUUUGUUAUACCGUAGUACCCUGUCCCACCACCACCAAACCGGCAAGCUGUCAAAUGGGACCAGGACAAACUGUGAUCCGUGGUCUGGGAAGGGAAUAGCGGAAACGUGCACUAUAUGGGACGAGAUGAGACUCUGCGAGACGUGCAAGUGCAAAGGUUUCUGCUGCCAGGUGCUGGGCUCUCGCGUGCCGUGCGGCCUGCAUGGGCAUCGAGGAGACUAACCCUCGAAUGACCGCCCAGUGUUUGGAAGGAGAACAAAACAAAGCAUUCCUAAUAAGGGGAGGAGUCUGAUAUGUCAUUGAUUGUCCAGAUCAACCGGAGAUGAAGGGAAAAGAGAGAGAGAGAUGACCUGGCUGUUGGUAUCGUCCAUCACAGCCUUUCCCAAUCGCCUUGAUUGCAUCUUCCUGUGAGAAGACGAGAAGCGAACGGGAGGGAGAAGCGUCCCUGCG